UCAGUAAAGACAAGCGCACGCUUAGGAAAUAUCAGAAUAAUUACUGACCUGGCCACAGGGUGACUAACAUAAUGGAUUGGUCUUAUGAUUUCGAUGAUGACUACAUCACUGAAAAUAUCUCCGUGAGCGCUCCACCACAAGGCCAGUUCAUCUGUGAUAAAGAAGUCUCCCUGGCCCUGUUUUAUAUGGUUUUCCAGCCUCUGGUGUACAGUAUGGUGUUUCUGCUGGGCGUGACGGGAAACAGUCUCCUCCUGACCAUCUUGCUGCAGCAUCGUGCUCAUCUCCGCAUCACUGAGAUCUACCUACUACACCUCGCCCUGGCUGACCUACUCCUGCUCUUGACCUUCCCUUUUGCUGUGGUUGAGGUGCUGACAGGCUGGCUGUUUGGUGACUUCCUGUGCAAGCUGCUGGGCUUGCUUAAUCGAAUGAAUAUGAUAUGUGGAAGCCUGCUGCUGGCAUGCAUCGGCUUUGACCGCUACCUCGCCAUUGUGCACGCUGUCUCCAGCCUCCAGAGCCGCCGGCCAUGGAUCGUUCACCUCACCUGCGCUCUUCUCUGGAUCUUCUGUCUCACAGUGACCAUGCCCAACAUGGUGUUCCUCUCAGUGGUGCACAAUGAGUCCGCUAGGCAGGUGUGCUACUUCAAUAACCAUGGCAUUCACGCUUAUAACUGGCUAAUCGCCAGUCGCUUACUGACCCACCUGUUAUGUUUUGUCCUGCCCCUGGUUGUUAUGGUUUACUGCUAUGCUGCAGUGGUGUUCACCCUCUAUCAUAGUCAGCAGAGCCUGGAGAAACAGGGGGCUAUUCGUCUGGCCAUGGUGAUCACGCUGGUUUUCUGCUUGUGCUGGCUGCCCUACAACAUCACCCUCUUUGUGGACACGCUGGUGCGCUUGGGUAUUGUGUCUGAGAAAAGCUGCCAGGCCAGAUAUGCGCUAGAUCAGGGCCUGAUGGUCACUGAGAGCAUUGGCUUCUUCCACUGCUGCCUCAACCCAAUCCUGUAUGCCUUCAUAGGGGUGCGCUUUCGGAAAGACCUUCUGCGACUGCUGGCAAAAUGGGGCUGCGGAACGUUUUGUGCUCCAGUGCUUCGGGCUGGAGGACUGAACAUGGUGUAUGUGUCUGAGGCAGCUACCACAACCACAAGCAGCCAAUACAUAUGAGGACAGAAUCCAGGAAUGAAGCAUACUGAAAGCAUCCUUCAUUUAUGGGAAAAUGAUUGCAAAUAAAAAGCCAAAGUUUCUUUUUUCUGAUUUUGACCACUCCUGACCACUCUUUAGCUUGCUGCUUCAGCUAUGCAAGUAUAUCGUGCAAACAAUAACAGAGUGCAAAUAAAGAUUACUGAUUAAAUGAAUGAGGGUUCGAUCAUUCACAAAGUUAAAGAUGCCAUUUCAUCGCUGUGAGAAUUCUACCUGCUUAGAAACGCUUGAGCCAGCAUUAUCCAUAGUACCAGUUGGUACCAAGAUUAGAGAUUGAAAAAUAAAUGUGUUUAUCUCUG